GCAUCGGUUUUUCUUAUUUACGAGCCUGGACGCAAACGGUCUGCUUUCCGAAUUGCUGUGAGAAGUUCUCCGCGGUUAGAUCCGGAGGCCUCCCCUUCACAACCUGACGGACACCCAUCUGUUUCGUUCCAGAUGAAGGUCCUCGCGGCUUGCGCCCGUUGGCGCUUGGUCCUCUUCGGGCCCAGAGGUCUUCAAAACAGCCUUGCUCCGCAGCUGUGGAAAGGGGACCACCGCGUGCUCCGUUCCUUUGGAAGUCCGGCCGUGCUGCAGCGGGGAGCUGGCCAGGCGCCCGGCCUUCGCCUGGGGCAGCCCCGUUGGCUGGGCGGGGCGGCCUUUUCUCAGCGUGAUCCGGGGCCGCAACCCAGCUUCGAAAGCUCAGAGAAAUUUACCUUGAUUUACCAAUUCUCCGGCAUCACGUUCUUGAGAUUCUUGUCGAGGCUGAAGGUACUGCAGUCGGGCAUCGCUCUUGUGAUCCUCCCUUCGGUCUGGUAUUUCUACCAGCUAAACCAGGUUACUCUGACUCACGGUCUUUACGCGACAGGCGUGCUCUGCUUCUCCGUAGUCGUCUUGUACGCAAUCAGCUUCUUUCUGCAGCGGAUCAUCGGCUUCAUGUACCUGAAUGAGAACGGCACUCUUUUAAAAGUUUCGCACUUGACGUUUUGGGGGAAGAGGAGAAAUUUCUGCUGUCCGGUUGAAUCUGUCAUGACCCUAGGAAAUGCGGACGAAGGCAAGAACAGAUUCCUCCUGAAGUUCAGGCAGUAUGACCAGAAAGAGAACUUGUAUUUUUCACUUCACUUGGGUCAGAUUGUGGAUCAGGAAGGCUUUGCCAAAGUGUUUGGGUAUUUUUCCUAAGUGCGUGUGUCAGAGAGAGAAAGAGAAAACCUUAACAUCCAGAACAUUUUGCAUGGGGGGAUCAUGACCUGGUUCACUGAAAUAGGAGGUUUCUCCAACUGUCUUUUAUAGCAGACAUUAUUUCUCAAAGACAGAGAAAGAAGAUGAAUAAAAAAAAAAUUAGUUCUUGUGAAAGGCUUUUUUUAAAAAAAAAACUUCCUGAACAAGGUUGCUCUUUACCUUCUGUAGUCUCUUUCUCAAAAUAAAAUAAAAUAAAAUAAAAUAAAAUA